AAUAUUUAGUAAUGCAACUUGGGAUACGAAUCUUUUGUUGGAGUGUCCGGAAACUCUUGUUUCUUGGGAUCUUUCAUUCUUCGCGCUCAGGAAGUUGUGAUUAUUUUGAAGAAUUUGUGAAGUUGGAUUCAAUGGAUUCUCUCAACUUUGAUGUGGAACAGACUCAACAGAGCAUGAGGGAAAAGAUUGAGUAUAUGAAUGGAAAUUUCCAUAGUGUUGUUGAUGAUCAUAUUGUGCCUCACUGGAGUGGUGAACCAAGCCUGUAUGCUUCAUAUGAUCCCCACAGCAAGUCACCACAAGACCCAUUAAAUGAUGUUGGAAGAAACAUCCAUAGCAUGGAUGUAACUGAGCUGGUUCUUUUGGGAAAAGAAGAAACCAACUUUUCCUUUUGGAGUGAUCAAAGUUUGGUGAUGCAAGAGUGUUUUCCUGAUGUAAAUAAUGAUUGUGUUUUCCCACCUGAUCAAAUUUUGCAAGUUGACGGAGAUUAUAAAGACUUAGAUAUGAAGUUCAGAAAUAGUCCCAUGUUUGAGCAACAAAGCUCUGCGGCUGUGGAUAACAUACCAUGGACUUCAUCUACAUCCAAUAUUGUAUGUUCUUCAAGUGGCACUCUCAAUUUAGGCUCACAUUCAGAAUCCAGAAAAUCUGGGAUAAUGAAUACUGUACCAAGUCAGAAUAGCACAAACACCGAUCCUUUGUCUAAAGAUUGCCUAUUGACCGUUGAUCUUGGCAAGGACCAGAGCCUUGACAGCCAAUCACAUUCUUCACUUAAUGAUGCAGCAAAUAGAAGAGACUCUGAAGAGAAGAUCAAUAUGAAAUUUAAGGAUUUGGAGUGGCAAUUUGCUGCAGAAGAAAAAAGUAAUGGUCAACCUUCAGAGGUGCCUGAUUCUCAGAGCAAUUGGGACAACAUCCAUCCACAUGUUGUACCAAUGGAGUACAACUUUCCUUUUUGCCAAACUCAAUUAGCACAGAUAAAUUCAAGUAUUGAAUCUGAAAAAGACAAUAAUCCAUCCUUGCAAAAUGAAGCUCUGGUACAUGCUACAAGCUGCUCCUGGCAAUACACAGAUUUGUUGCCUGAUCCAAUGGAAGGGAAAAUGCAGAAACAAUCCCUUAGAAAACCAUCAUAUCUGGAUGCACCCAACGCUUAUUUUGUUCAGGAACCAUACCAAGUAUUUCCUUCUGGACAUGUAAGUGAGUACGAUGUGGGGAAUGCGAAAAUGGACCUUCUUGGAUGUGAGAUGGAAACUCCAACAAUAUCAGAAUCCUCUUCAAUUGCAUCUACUCUUACCAAUGAUGACUUGCUAAUAGUAGUCAGUUUCCAGCAGCUUCAGGAUGUUUUGUGUCAGUUGAAUUAUAAAGCAAAGCAGUGCAUAAGAGAUGGCUUGCACCGGAUGGCAACGAGAACAGAGAAAGGGAAUUGUUUCAUGAAUUCUUAUGAUGAUACUGCAGACCAUACACCUAGAAAAGGAGCUAAUGACAUAGAGUUUUCUGAAGCUGAUAUAAAUCUCUUUGAUCGAUCUGUAGCACUUCUUCUUUUCCAAAAUUCCUCAGUGCCUGACACAAAUGCUGUGUGUUGCCACACCGAAUUAAUUUCAUGAUAUAUAUGGCCCUACAUAUGAUAGGUCUAUAUGCUAGAUAAAUCAGUUCAUAUAUGAUCAUGUGAAAUUUCAGAUUACCAAUGAAUAAAGAAUUAUGUACAGCAUAAACAACUUCAGCAAAAAAUAUAAUGCGGACUGGGAUCAUUCUCGUAAAGCAGCUCAGGUUUCAUUUCUGUACUCAUCUCUUCAUUAAUACUAUUUUCACGGUUAUGAGUUUCGUAUUUCUCAUAAAUUUUCUUUAGAAAUCCUUCUUGAAGCUGAAGCUUUCAAUAUAAUUCAGUUCUAAGGAUACAAUCAAUUGCUUUCAUGGAAAAGGUCGAACCUUAGAGUUUCGUACUUUCUUCACAAUCGGUCUAUAAUUGUUAUCAAAAUCAACUGAAUUUCUCAGAAAUUAUUUUUUUCCGCCUUUUUCUAAUUGAUUUUGGUUGAUAACUCAUUCUUUUCAGGCAAUGUCUUCAAUUUUAGGUUCAUCUGAAAUCUUCGAGAUAUAUGAAAACGUCUUAUUAAUGCUUCUAUCAAACUUAAAGUUAGUUCAGUCUUUGGUCACAUUCCUGUUGAGAAAUAAAUAAAUAAAUAAAUAUUGAGCAAUAUGUAAGAAACAUUAAUUGUUCCUUUUUUAUAAUGUAAAUAUCAUGCUCCUAUCUGCAAAAAACUUAGUUCUCCACAUUUUUAUUUUUAUUAGUUAGACAUUUUUUUUUUAUUAUUUGCAUCCUUCCCAAAUUGCCUGCUGUUAAAAUAAUUCAAAGGGCCUUGUUCUCCACAAAAGCUUCAGUAAAUCUCUAUUAUUAACUGAAAUUCCUGCAUACUUAGUAUUUGCAUGACUGCUCAUAUCAACCAAAUAUUAAUUUCAUAGUGCAGAAAUUUGUAGUAAUAAUAAUAAUUAUUAUUAUUAAGUAAAUAACAUAAUAGCAUUGUAAAUGUAACUUACAUGGUUAUCAUUUGAAUCUUGACAACAUUCUGCAGCUUUACUGAACUUGUUUGCAAGUAUAAUAUCAUCUAAUUUCCAUAUUUCAGAUGCUGAACAUAUUAUGAUUAUGAAUGAUAUAAUCACCCCUGAACUGCUCUUUCUUCUUUUUGUUUCCUGCUUGUUUGUUUUGAGGUGUGCAUCACCCCUGGUGAUUGCCCUUGGUCCUUUGUCUGGUUUGUAGUUGAGUCUGUCUUUUUUUCCUUGUCUUAUGUUACAUUCUGGUGUGCUUGUACUGUAUUUUUUUUUCUAAUAAAUUUAUAGUUUAUCCA